UUUAAAGUUUCAUACAGCUCUCAAAUUAGUUACCAAAAACGCUUCUCUGCUGCAUAUAGCGAUGGAUGUGGUCGCAAGUAUGGUUGCAGACAGGCCAGUGGUAAUCUUCAGCGGGACCACUUGUUGCAUGAGCCACACCAUCAAGACUCUCAUCGGUGGCUUCGGGGCUAACCCGACAGUUUACGAGCUCGACGACAUUCCGAACGGACAACAAGUCGAGAAGGCACUGCAACAGAUGGGGUGCAAUCCCAGUGUACCAGCUGUUUUCAUAGGCCAGCAGCUCAUUGGAGGAGCUAACCAAGUCAUGACCCUCCAACUCAGGAACCAGCUUGCCCCAUUGCUCAAAAGGGCUGGAGCUAUAUGGAUUUGAGUAACAGAUUCCCAUUAACUCAAAUAAAGUGAUAAAUUAAUGGUUUCAUACAUCUGUGUUUCCCUUCUGGGUUCUGUACGUGUCUACAUGUUUUUGCGGAGAAUCCUUGUACCCCAUUUUUGGGAUUGACCAGGGUUAUAUAUUAUGGUAUUUUCAUUGUACUAA